AUGACAGGAGAGAAAGCGGAAAGGAUUUCCAACGGCCGUUCGGUGCGUAGAGAUCACAGGCUAUUCAAAGAGGAGGCUGGGGCUGAACAGGACGACGAGGCGGCAAGGACUAAAAACCGGGCUAAGCUCUUUACGAAUCACAAAUUGAUCAAGAGCCCGACUUUGACCACGGAGGCGUCCACGACUAGAAAUGAGGAUUUCCCAGUCCACGAGUGCGUCUUUAAAGGCGAUAUCCGUAGAUUAUCGUCAUCGAUAAGGACACACAAUAUAGCUCAAAAAGAUCUCCACGGAAACACACCGUUGCACCUUGCUGUGAUGCUAGGGCACAAAGAUGCUGAUUUUUCUGUUUCCAGACAUUUCUGUUUAUCUCAGAAGGACUUCUUCUCUCUGAGUAUUUUUAAGCUUGGGGACUUUUAUUUAGAACUUCACUGGGAUUUUCAAAGCUGGGUGCCUUUACUUUCCAGAAUUCUGCCUUCAGAUGCAUGUAAAAUUUACAAACAGGGUAUAAACAUCAGGCUUGACACAACUCUAAUAGACUUUACAGAUAUGAAAUGUCAACGUGGAGAUUUGAGCUUCAUUUUCAAUGGUGACGCAAUACCCUCUGAAUCUUUCAUAGUAUUAGACAACGAGCAGAAAGUUUAUCAACGAAUACAUCAUGAGGAAUCAGAGAUGGAAACCGAAGAGGAGGUAGAUAUUUUGAUGAGUAGUGACAUCUACUCAGCAACGUUAUCUACAAAAUCUAUUACCUUCGCACGUGCGCAGACAGGCUGGCUUUUCCGUGAGGAUAAAACGGAACGAGUUGGGAACUUCUUAGCAGAUUUUUACUCUGUAAAUGGCCUUGUUCUGGAAUCCAGAAAGCGACGUGAGCACCUCAGUGAAGAGGAUAUCCUGAGAAAUAAGGCUAUAAUGGAAAGUCUGAGCAAAGGAGGAAAUUUGAUGGAACAAAAUUUUGAGCCUGUUCGUAGACAGUCACUCAGUGCCCCACCUGCUAACACAAUAACAUGGGAGGAGUACAUUUCAGCGGAGUCUGGAAAGGCUCCUCAUCUAGGAAGAGAAUUGGUCUGCAAAGAGAGCAAAAAAACAUUCAAAGCCACGAUUGCCAUGAGCCAGGAGUUUCCUCUGGGCAUUGACUCGUUACUGAAUGUUUUAGAGGUCGUAGCACCCUUCAAGCACUUUAAUAAACUCAGAGAAUUUGUUCAGAUGAAGCUUCCACCAGGAUUUCCUGUUAAACUAGACAUACCUGUGUUUCCAACCAUCACUGCCACUGUGACAUUUCAGGAAUUCCGAUAUGACGGGUUUAACGACUCUAUCUUCAAUAUUCCGAGUGACUAUACUGAAGACCCCAGCCGGUUCCCUGAACUUUGAUUUGACUGCUUGUUAUUGUGGGACUAAAGAAAAUGUUGGGUGCUGUGUACUCUGAUUUUAAUCCAUCCAGGAAAUUGAUUUCGUUCUUCCUUUGGUGAUACAAAGGUAUCAUUUGGAGAAACUCUGGAACAUUCCUAAGUGGAAGAACGGAAAGUCUUGCAGAAAUAGACGAUACAGCAUUUCUUUGAUUUGGAAAAAUCCCUUUAUUAAAUUCCUGACCUUCAGUUUGAAAUGUUCUCUUUGCAAAAUCAUCCAUUUAAAACUUUAACCUUUUCAUGGAAGUGUAUAUACAUUAUAUCAAUGAUUAAACAAUUUGGUUGCUUUAAAAAAAAAAGGCAUUUUGCUGUAAUUCACCUACAAGUAAUUGGCUAAAUGAGAAGACAAAGUAUCAGUAUGCAUACCAAUUAAAGACUAAAAAAAGCCAAAUUGCCUCAAUUUUUUUUCUAGGAUUGGUAUGCUUUUACUAUUUUGAUAUUUAUUUGUACCCCUAUUUUUGGGUACUAAUUCAAUGUCUUAAUAUUUAAAAAAAACCACUAUUUUAUUAAUGCUACAUUUAGUUUUACAAGUGUUGGCAAAAAGAGAAGCUAGGUUCCAAAAGAGUAACCUACAGAGUGCAGGAUGUAACAUUUAUUAUUUUGACACUCUGGUGGUUCAGAAUGGUAAAAGUUAGUGUUCUGCAGUUUCAAGUUGAGUUGAAUCUUGUUUUAAUUAGCAUUACAUGAUUCUAAAAGGGAAGUAUUGGCUUUUGAAAUUAAUUGAAAAAUUAUUGUAUAAACAUUGUGCGUACACAAGCAAGGUUUCAAAGUGGUAAUAUUCAUCUGGGAUAUUAGAAAUAUUCCAUUGCUUCAACUGGAAUUGCAUGGAACUUCCAGUAAAGACUUUGAGAUUUGUUUGGCUGUAGUGUAGUACUGAAUUGUUUAGCCAAGGCUGAGUUCACUUCCUCUUUGGGUGAGAAGACAGGUGACCAAAAAUGGUUAAUCAGUCUUGUUGAAUACAAUAAUGAUUCCCCACUUUUUCCAUAUGAAGAGAUUUUUUUUCAUUGUGUCAAGAAAAAAAGCUAGGCUGUGGUUGAUGCAAAACUGUCACUCAGAAUUCAUAAUCUACACAGUGAGUAUUUUUUGUACAAAAGCUUUUAAAAGAAACUAAUAUAAUACUCCCAAAAAUAAUUGGAAUUCUGUUCAUUGAAGCACCAGCAUUUUGGUGAACAGAAUUGUUCCAAUUUAAUUAAUGCAUUGUAUAUAAUCCCACAAAUAAGUUUUCCUUAAAAAAAAAAAUCCUACUUCUUUUUAAUGCUUGUAUAACCAUGUUUAAAGUCAAAGUAGGACUAUCCAAGUGAGAACUGUCUGAAGGCUACCUCACUCGUGGAACAGAGUAAUGUGCUCUCAACCAGAGUCACAUGACACUUCUUUCUUGUAACUGAUUUAUCAUCUUGCUUGUGACUGGUGAUUUUGUAAGGUUUGCAAUUCCUUUCAAGUCUUAGACAUCACUGGUUAAGUGUGAGAAGUUUUAACCUUUUGAAGAUUGUAUGAAAUUAACAUUUCACAAGUUAUUCAAAUCUUUCCUCUAAGCUAACAAAAAUGGAAGCAUGAAGAAAUGAAUAGGGAUGUAAUGAUAUGAAAGUGUUAAAUUGGAUAAUUAGUUUUAAAAGAACAUGUAUCUUAUAAAUGUAUCAAUAUCUUGUGGUAUUGGUAUAAUGAAAGACUAGCGCUAAGUUGUUUACCAAAUGUGCUUUGUACAAAUAAAUAUAGUUCAAAACUC